AUGCAGGCUAAUUUUGACCCUAGCUCUCAGGGCUCUUUUUCCCCCUUUCUCUGGAAGACCUCUAGCCUAGAUGGCGAUGAGGCUUAUGGCAAGAAGGUAGAGGCCCUAGGGGAUAACCCCCAGCUACAGCAGCUGCAGGCCGAGCUAGGCUUCUAUAGCCUUAGAAGCUCUCCCUUUGUGGCCCUGAGAGGUAGCCAGGCUGAUAGCCCUAGGCUGCAUAUAGGGCUUGCAGCAGGCUCUUGGAAUUCAGCUAGGCUUAGCCGGGUCCUUAAGCGCUGGGGCAAGUUGGCUGGCAUUGAGUCUCUUACUAUUAGUAGCUGGCGGCAUAUAGCUAUUGCCCUAGGCCGCCGCUAUAUCCGGGAUGCAGCUAUUACUAGCCAGGGGCUAUAUAGCGAAGUCGACCACGGAGAUAUCUACGGCCGGCAGCUUACAGAAGCCCAUUUUGAGACCUAUCAGCGCAGGCAAAGCUUCCGGCUUCUUAGUGAAGAGUGGCACUUCUUGCUUGGUUUCCCCUCUGCCCCUGGCUUCUCAAGGGCAACUAUCCCCUCGGGCUCAAAGAGAGGCCUAGCUGCCGUUGACCUUGAGCAUUUCCAGGAGCUUCAAGUAGCCCGCUGGAAGCAGCUACGCAAGGUUAACCUUGACCUUGAGCUGCAGAGGCUGCUCGGCUCUAACGCCACCUUCCGGCAAGGCCAGAAGCCGAUUCUAGAGGCCAUCAUGAGUAAUAGGAAUCAAUCCUAG